AUGAAGAUCAUCAUCUUUUCGAUUUUAUUUACUGUUCAAGGUUUGAAUAUUGAUGAUGGAUUGAUAUCAAAUGAAAAUUCAUCCAUAACCAAUGAUUUAAAUGUGGUUACUCAAAUGAUAAAUGAAAGUGAUAGAACAGUUCUUCUACAAACAUCAAAUGAUAUUUUAACAAGUCGAUUCGAUAUUGAUCAAAUCAAUUUGCCAACUAUUCUUCCUGAAAAUAUUUCAUCUGAUGUAACAUUCGACAGUCAAACAUGGCCAUCAUUAUUUGUUUAUGAUAAUUCGUCAUUGUCUUCAUUUUUGCCUACGACUGAUUUUUAUUAUACAACAUCGUCCGAAGAAGUCAAAAUAACAAUGGAACAACAAUGGUUUAAUAUCAAUCAAAGUCAUGCACGAGAUCCUUAUAAAUCUAUUUUAGUUUGGAAACAUGCAAGCGUAGGUUCUAGAUGGCAUGGUGGAACUUAUAUUCUAACAUCUAAACCUUCAUGUGUUCGUCAAAUGUGUUCUGUUAGAUUAAAAUAUAAUGGUACAUUACCAAGUCUUACUAGUGGUUGUCUUUCAUUUACUCUUCGAACACGUGGUCAACCAGUGGGUCAAUUAUGGAUUAUAGAAGAUCGUGAACAAGAAAAUACUCCACAAAAAAUUCAAUUGACUAGUAAAACAUUACAUAUUGAACAUUCAUUAAAAUCGAAAAUAAAAAAUUUAUCGAUUGAAACACGAAUUUUAUUUCGUAAUCCACAAAUAGAUACUGUUAUUUUAUCGAAUUUAAAUAUUGAUUGGAAAGGAGCUUGUCCAAAACAACGUUCAAUUCCAACACCUUCUCCUCAUAUUAUCGCACGUCGAGCAACAUUAGAAGAUGAUUAUAUGACAUUAACUAGUGAAGAUUCUAAUCUUUUGAGUACAUUAAUAACUAAUGAAGAAUUUACAAUUAGUCAACAAAGUUUAAUAUAUGAAACAACAACUACUAUAUUCAAUCAAGAUUUAAUCAAAAAAUCUUCAUUUUCUUUAGUUAAUCAAAAAAAUAUUGGAUGGUUUUUAUUAUUAAUAGGAUUUUUUUGUUUUUUUAUUGUCCUAUGUGCAAUUGGACAUGGUUUAUGGUUAAUAAGACGACAACGUUAUUUUACUUGGCAUGUAACUUUUGAUUCACAAAUUCAUUUAAUUGCUCGACGAUCAAUUCGAUCAUCAACAAGAUCAGAAACUAAACUAGCUACUGUUUCUCAAAUAGCUUAUGAUAUUCUUAAUGAUGAUUUACAAAAAGAGCAUAGAGAUACUCAAACGACGAAUAGUAAUCGAUCAACACCAAUAUCAUAUUAUACUUAUCUCUAA